GCCUCACAGAAGUAUCCGCGAUGCUUUUCACGCCAAGGUUGCUUGGAUCGUUCAUUUUCUUUUUGUUGUAUUCUAGAACUUGACCUUGGUGGCAGCAUUCCGCGAUCGCACAGUGCCGAUCUGAACGAACGAACGGUCCCGGAGUCCACACUGCGCUGGCCCACCUCUCGUCGUAAUGAGUUUGUCAUUUGUCUAGUGGGAAGUCAGGUGGAAACAUGUUACCGUACAGCGCUUCUCUAAUUGCAUAGGCCCCGUCCCGUGCCUAUGCAUAAGCGGAAGGGGUGUUGAUCGUUUUGUUCCGGCAUCGAAUUUUCGAGGGAAAAAUGAAGAUCGUCUCGCGUGACUCAACUCAACAGUGCAUCAUCGUACGCUACGGUACGCAACACCUCGCUCAACUCAGCGAUUCGGUUAGCCAAUAUCGGAGCAAUCUGCUACGUCAAUCCGUGCUGCCAGUGCACCACCUUAACGUGCCGCUACUUUGCGCACACGAUAGCCAUCGACUAGAGGUCAAGCAACAACAGCAAGCCAGCCUCAAACAUCCAGUCCGUCAUUUGGUCAGUCCGUCAGUCAUUCAGGUGGUCUGGUUGGUCAGCGGUUGUCGGGCGGCGGUCAGCUGCAUGGUUGAGGUGCUAUGCUGCAAUACGCUCCAUCUUCGAAUUUUGCACCAUUCACCGGCUGCGCUAAGAGCCAUCAUAAGCUUUCCGAAGCACCCGAUAGAGAUGAACAAAUCUAUGGCAAUGAGUUUGCCAAUGCUCGAGGCACUGUUUGUGCGGCACGCGUCUUGGGGGAUUUUACGGAUCAUCUUGGAAACCAUUAACCGACAACAAUCAACAAAUCUCACAUUAACCGACCUUUGA